AUGGUGGAGCUCGAGGAGGCCAAAAAAGCUGAACUGAAUAGAGAAUUCGUCAACUUCAUCAAUGCCAAGAAGAAGGCAGUUGGGAGGCUACAGGAGCAGCAUGAGCGAGAUCUGGAAGCGGCCAUGAAGAAAGCGGCCGAGGAUGAGGCCAAGCAUUUGCGUCAGCUGGAGGCCGACGUUAAGGCUCAACUGAAGAUGCGGCGUAAAUCCUACAAUCGGCCCAAGAGUAUGGCUGGCUUCUCGGGCUCGGGCUCGCCCUACAACGAUCCUCAUGGCAGUAACCAGCCCGAGUUGGACCAGCUGUAUAAGCGUUUGCAGAGUGACAGCACCAAACAGUUCCAACUAUGGCGGUACGGCGGCCUUUGCAGGCGUCAUGAUCUUCAGGUGCGUAUGUUGUCCACGUCCUUUAUUAUUAUUAUUAUUAUUAUUAUUAUUAUUAUUAAUCCUUGA